ACCCAGCCACCUGCUGGAGAAAUGUUGGUUCGUCCAACAAAAAUAUUCACCGUACAGAAAAGUGUAUAAGCGAAAUGCUCAAAAUAUUCCCAAUACUUAAUGCUUCAACCUCGAAUCCCUCAUGUCUGGCAAGAGUAUUAAUCCGUUAACGCGCUGGGUGAGUUUCACGAUGGGAAGAGGAGUUUAACCGUGAUUUUUUGGGGGUUCGUGUCUGUGAAAGUUUAGAUAACGCAGCUCUCGACAAGAAGGGAGAAGAAAAGUCUACUUUCAGUCUUGUAAACACUCUUGUUUACUACCAUGAACAGUAAGAAUAUAACAAGUUGGCUGAACAGAAGAGAGACUGACUCGCUGAUCACGCGAAGAUUUGAACGCCAAAUGCAUGUUGUUCCUUCUUUUACUGAAAGAUUUGGUUUGACUUCAGAACUCGAGGGUCAUACUGGAUGUGUGAACUGUCUUGAAUGGAACUCCACUGGACAGCUAUUGGCAUCAGGUUCUGAUGACCUUAAUGCAAUUGUAUGGGAACCACUGCGCAAGAGAAAGUUAUGUACAAUAAGCACUGGACACACUGGAAAUAUAUUCUCUGUUAAGUUCCUUCCAUGCACUAACGAUGAAAUUGUAGCAACUGCCGCUGCUGAUGCCAAAGUGCGUAUCCACAGUGUCGAGAAAGCAGAGAACACAAGUGCAUUUCACUGUCACAUUGGGCGUGUCAAGAGACUUGCCGUAGCCCCCAAUUCACCUGAUAUGUUAUGGAGUGCAUCAGAGGAUGGCACGAUAAGGCAAUUUGAUCUUCGUCAAGCUCAUUCAUGUAACUCCAGCAGCAACAAAAACUGCAAAAAUGUACUUAUUAAUCUCAACGUUCAUGUUGGUGCAAUGGCAGAAGCAAAGUGCAUUGCAAUCAAUCCUGUUCGACCGGAGUUAAUGGCCGUAGGAUGCAAUGAUCCAUUUGUGCGUGUAUAUGAUCACAGAAUGCUAUCGACACAAAACUCAUCGCUGGAACAAAAAGCUACUAACGGAGGUUCAACCAGUCUGGAGGAAGCUCGACUUCCUGUAGGCUGCGUCAAGUACUUUGCACCAGGUCAUUUACCCCCUCGGUUGAGUAAGGACUUCCCUCGUCCAUUACGUGCAUUCGUUGCAACAUAUGUUAACUUCAGCCCUGACGGCAAUGAAGUGAUUGUAAAUCUUGGUGGAGAGCAGAUUUAUUUGUUUGACAUAAGGAAACCCGUAUCAGUUGUAGGCUAUCGACAAUUUAAUGGACUCAGUGAUUCUAUUACGAGCAAUGGUGUUGUUAAGGAUGUCAUAGACUGUAUGUCAUCUGCUACAUGUGACAAUAAUUCUAAUGUUGCUAAUGGAACUACCAAUGGAUUUAAAAUUCUGCCAGUGAAUGGUAAAACUCUCUUAUUAUCUAAGCCAACCAAUGGACAUAAAGUUUUGAAUAGUUCUAGUCUACGCAAGGAUCUGCCGCCAAAGGCGCUAGAAUUAAAGGCUUUAGGAAAUGAAGCAUUUUGUAAGCAGCAGUUUUGGACUGCGGUUAAUGCAUACAAUGAGGCUAUCAGUCUGGCUCCUAAUUCUGCUAUUCUUUAUGCUAACCGUGCUGCAGCUUACAUCAAACGAGCCUGGGAUGGUGAUAUAUAUGCGGCAUUACGUGACUGUCAUAUUGCCCUGGGUUUAGACCCACACAAUACCAAAGCACACUUCAGGAAAGCAAGGUGUCUGUAUGAGUUGCGCUGGUGCCAAGAGGCUCAGUACUGUUUGAAUCAGUUCAAAACAAAGUUCCCUGAACAAGCUGAUGGUACUGCUGCUAAGACACUGGAAAGAGAGAUCAAAGCUGCUGCUUUUGCAGAGACUGAAGAACCUAAUGAAAACGGCUCUUCAGAUAAGAACACUAGAACAGAAGGAGGGUCAUCCCGCCGUCGACAGAGAAGAAUGAGUGUCAUAUCAGACCAGGAAAGAGUAUUCAGGUCCUAUUGCUAUGACUACAGCAGGCGAUUCUGUGGACACUGCAACACAACGACUGAUAUUAAAGAAGCUAAUUUCUUUGGGAGUAAUGGACAAUACGUUGUUGCAGGCAGCGACGAUGGCUCUUUCUUUUUAUGGGAUAAAGAGACUACAAACCUUCUCCGUGUCCUUAAGGGUGACGACUCGAUCGUCAACUGCUUACAACCACACCCUUCUAUUUGUCUCCUAGCAACAAGUGGUAUAGACCCUGUCAUACGGUUAUGGGGUCCUAGACCUUUGGACGGCAAGGCUGAAGGACGACAAGUUGAGGAGGUUGAGGCUGCUGCAAGAGCAAACCAAAAGCGAAUGAAUGCUGACCCGCUAGAGGUCAUGUUAAUGAACAUGGGUUAUCGGACAAGAUUCUCUACUGUUGACGAUGAUGAGAAUGAUGACAAUCCAGUACAGUGCCGCACAGCUUGACGCUAAUAUUCUCUAUUGCUGUUAUUAGAUUGAAGCUAUCAAUAAUAUGAUAUUAAAUUCAUAAGUAUCUCUAAACACAA